GAAAGAAAGAAGAAAGAAGAGAAAGAAAGAAAGAAAGAAGAGAAAGAAGAGAGAGAAGAAAAAGAAAGAAAGAAAGAAAGAAAGAAAGAAAGAAAGAAGAAAGAAAACAAAGAAAAAAAAAGAAAGAAAGAAAGAAAAGUAAGGAUUGAGGCUGGAUAUCGGGCUGGGAUUGCUGUAUUGGUAGUGGCACUGAGGCAAGCUAUGAUACAGAUACAAAUAUGGCACCGAUUCAGGCUAUAG